AUGACAAGCACGAGUUCUUCGUACGAGAAAGACGAGGGGCCUGUCGAUCCGCCGGCUCAGAAAAUCGCACCAGCCGAUCCGGCCGUCGGCGGCGGGCCGGCCGGAAACCCUGCAGAGCCGUCGACGACGGAGAUCAAAAAGAAGAAGAAGAAGAAGGUGUUGAUUCAGGUGCCAGAUAGCGAUGUGAAACGUGUCCUCUCCUACAAGGAGAAAACCAUCGAUACGGAGGUGCCGGACCUCUGGGUCAGGAGAGACCCAGAACUGGCUGCGAACUGGGGCAUCAUGCUGGCCAACUUGGCCAUGUUCAAGGAGCUCACCAACAAGCGGAUGCUCGAGGAGCAGAGAGACUUUAGGCAGCAAUUAAACACCAAGGGCAGAGUCACCUACGAGCUCGAGGUUGAUGAGGACGAUCCCAGAUUUAAAGAUGAAGAAUCCACCACCUCUGCUGGAGCAGGACGGAGGAGAUACCGUCCGGGCGUCAUGAAAAAGCAAGAUGGAGGGACCAAGCGGCUAAAUUCAAAUCGGUUUUGGUUGUUUUAUCUUACUCCAUCCGAGAGUGCAAGCCUGUUUCGUUUUCCAAUUUGUUGA